CAUAAUAUCUGUCACUCACGUUGGUGCUGCCGAUUACGAGCAGAGCUUCAAGAUGAGUGCUUCUCCGGCCAAGCUGCAGGAUAUGCCACCGAAGGGUGGCUAUCAAAACAUCCCUUUCGCGAGGAUUCCGGCGAAGAAGUAUUUCAAAGGAUGGCAGCUGAUUGCCGCUUACGCGGGAUUCACCACCUUCGGAUUGUCCUUGUACUACCUGAACUGUAAAGAAAACCAACGCAACGAAAUUGAGAUGCGUUCGGCCAGGAACGUCAUCUACUCUUUGCUACUGGCGGAACGAGACCGCGAGUAUCUGAAGCAGUUGCGACAAAACCGCGCCGAGGAAGCGGAUCUGAUGAAGGACGUCAAGGGAUGGGAAGUCGGCACCUGGUACGGCGAGCCGGUCUUCAAGACACUGCCCAAGGACAAGUUUGUUGAUCCUUCCUUCCAGGAGUUCUACGUUCACGCCGACUAUAGAGAUAUGAUCAGGCGUAAGCACGUCAAGAUGAUGAGCUAAAGGUGCUGCCGCUGUUAAGGGCUCAUGAACGCUUGUUGGAAAGCUUCCGGUUGAUACGGUAGGAUUAAUUCGUUUUUGGUACAACCGCCCAUCAGUGCGAGUUUGUGAAAAAUAAAUCAUAGGUCUGUCGAUA